AUGUCAGAAGAUGCAAAUGCUCGAAACCGUCGGGCAGGAACUAGUAAAGACGGGCAGGAGGAGGAGAAAUCCGAUGAAGAAAAGGCGCCCCCGAAGCAGGACCUCUACAGCCCGCUUUGUCGAGCCUUCGAAAACGCCCCAGUAACGGUUACAAGCACUGUGAGCAAUGCAGUGAAAUCAGGCUCAGGAAGUGGUCUAUACAAUAAUCUGCAAAAGUACAACCUUCCCGAUCCACAAGCAGUUUUCGAUAUUUCCUUCUUCCACGAGAAUCCUGAGCCGUUCUAUGCGUUAUGUCCAAGGAGCUUUUCCCCGAAAAUCUCA